GGGAGGAGGAACCCGCGCCGGUAGUGGGAUGGACGGGUAAACAUGGAGUCGCGCAUAUUUGAGCUGCCAGAGGCGAGACGAGCACUUCACCGAUGAAUGACUGACGGGUCGCUGUUCUCAGACGCCCCCUGCAAAUCCCAGACCCCAUUCAUUAGAUUAACUAACGACUGAACACCGAGUUCGGCUGAGCACCGAUUUUAAGAUUUAUCGAGCAUCCGGACACAUCGCUGAGGAAACCAUGGAGACGGAAUCAUCCCAGUUAGCGAGUAACGGAACGAAUGAAAGUGAGCCUCUACCGGUGGACUAUCCCGGAGGAGAGAUGCUAGCCUCUCUUGGUGUACGAAGAGGCUCCAGCGUGAAGAAACAUCACCACAAACACAACCUGAAGCACCGCUACGAGCUGCUCGAAACCCUCGGGAGAGGAACAUAUGGAAAAGUGAAGAAAGCCAUAGAGAGGCACACUGGACGAGCGGUAGCGAUUAAAUCCAUCCGAAAGGAGAAGAUUAAAGAUGAACAAGACAUGGUGCACAUCCGCAGAGAGAUCGAGAUCAUGUCUUCUCUCCGCCAUCCACACAUCAUCUCUAUAUACGAAGUGUUCGAGAAUAAGGAUAAGAUUGUGAUCGUGAUGGAAUAUGCCAGUAAGGGCGAGCUGUACGAUUACAUCAGCGAGCGCCGAAGGCUCAGCGAAAGAGAGACCAGACACUUCUUCAGACAGAUUGUCUCUGCUGUUCAUUUCUGCCACAAGAACGGAGUAGUACACCGAGAUCUCAAGCUGGAAAACAUCCUCCUGGAUGACAAUGGUAACAUUAAGAUUGCAGAUUUUGGUUUGUCCAACCUCUACCACAAGGACAAGCUUCUUCAAACUUUCUGCGGCAGCCCUCUGUACGCCUCCCCUGAGAUUGUGAACGGACGACCGUAUAGAGGCCCGGAGGUUGACAGUUGGGCGCUGGGCGUAUUACUAUACACUCUUGUGUACGGAACAAUGCCCUUCGAUGGAGGAGACCACCAAAGACUCAUUCGCCAGAUCAGCAACGGAGAAUACAGAGAACCGCCACAGUCAUCAGACGCUCGUGGUUUGAUCCGCUGGAUGUUGAUGGUUAAUCCAGAUCGCAGGGCUACAGUUGAGGACAUUGCAAAUCACUGGUGGGUGAACUGGGGCUGGAAGACCAGCGUGUGCGACUGCCAAACGCAAAGGGAGAACAGCUCACCCAUGCUGGCCCGCUUCAUUGACUGGCAGAACCGCACCGAGGUCCGUCCAGGCAAAGCUCAAUGCCCAGAGCCUGGUAACACUAACAAUGGCACUAAUACAGCCUUGACUCCAGCCCGGCGUUUGAGAAAGUCCACGAAGGAGAACGAUGGUGGGAUGUGGGGUGUUGCAGAGGAGAAGCCAGGCCUCAAGAGACCAAAGAGCAUCCUGAAGACUCGGGCGACCAGUGGAGACCAGCGAUCCCAGAGUCUAUGCGAAGUAGAGCUCAGACGGUCCAUUUGCUACCAAGACGUCGAGUCCGGCUCGAGUCCAGAGCGAGAAGACACCCUGGGUGGCUCGCCAGCCAAAAUGGUGUCCAUGUUACCAAAGAAAGGCAUUCUGAAAAACAAUCAGCAGCGCGAGUCUGGGUAUUACUCCUCGCCGGAGCACAGCGAAUCCUCCGAACUGUUAGGGGGCGCUACUGUGCAGCCUCCGAAUAGCUCCCCACCCAAACGGACUGUCGGGAGGAAAGGUAUACUGAAGCGUAACGGGAAAUAUUCUACACACAGUGCCGUGGCAGUCCAUGGUGAGGCCCAGGCUGACUCAAAUGGUUCGCGGAGCCAGAGCAGACCCUCCAGCAUCUUGUACGAGGAGACGGGUCUUUCCAGCAUGGGGUUGGACUGGCCGCCCGCCUCUCCGAAACCCAAUAUCCGGGGCUCGCUGUCGGCCGAAGACUUGCUGCAGAUGGCUGGGUUCAGGGGCCUUCAGACCGUGGCACCCCUUCCCAGUGGAAAGGGUGUCCGCAGCCCUCCUGGUUCCCCUGGAGACAAUGGGAGCUUCUCCUUGCUGGGCGAUCUGGAUGAUGUUACCCAGGUGUACCAGAAAGCCCUGGACAUCAGCAGCCAUCUAGGCUAGACUUAGAGAAAAAGGCGGAGAGACUGGAAGAGUGAAUGAUUCCCAGCUUGUCCUUCUCAUCACAGUGCUGCUGGGUAAAUGUUUACAGGUCGAGAAGCGGGACAUUUCAAAUCUCCAUUCACCAACUCGCGUUGAUGAGCAUUUCUCGUGAUAUUCUCGUUUUAGACUCGACAGUCGAGGGGGAACAACGGAAGCACUUUAAAGCGGCUGUUCUCCAAGAUGCAGCACGUAAUGACAGCUGGAAUUGUGUUAUUUAAGUUACUGUAUUUAUCUGUCAUUCAUGGUUUGGACAUUUUGAAAACACCAAGGCAAUUUCAUAGUUUAUGGGAGAGUGGUUUCAUCGAUACAGUUCAUGCAUUAUGAAAAGUGUUAGAUAAAGGCCAUUUGAACAUCUGUAUAAUAAAUUCGUAUCGUAUAAUACCAGCAAUUUCAGUGAUGUACAUGCACAGCAGUACAUCAGUAAUGCUAAGACUUAACAGAAUGUUUUCGAGAAUUAGAAAAGACGUAGGGUUAUUAUACAAAAAAAUAAGAGCAUUUUGUCUUUAUUAGGCUAUCUUUUGUAAACUGUUUUGACUACACUUACAGAAAAGUACCAAAAGGUACUAGAGUACCACCAUGUUUUUUUUU